AUGGGAUUAACAGCUAAAUUAGAUAAGUUGAAGCUAAAAACAAGCUCAGAAGACAAUGAAGAUGACUCAAGUCAUGCUAAAUUGGACAAUUCUGAUGAUAUUGACGAAGUUGACAGCGAAUACCAGAAUAUAUUAUUGAGUAUUAUCGCUCAAUUGCGGCCCGGUAUGGAUCUUUCAAAGAUAACUCUUCCAACAUUUAUAUUGGAAAAGAAGUCCAUGUUAGAAAGAAUUACAAAUUUUUUUCAAAUUCCAAAGUUAUUAAUUGAAUCCAACAACAUUGAAGAUCCCUUAGAUCGAUUCAUUGGGAUACUUAGGUGGUAUUUAGCCAGCUGGCAUAUCUCCCCUAAAGCUGUAAAGAAGCCAUUAAAUCCGGUAUUGGGUGAAGUUUUCACUUGUUAUUGGGACGAAUUACCAAAUAAUAAAUCAGCGUACUACUUGUCGGAACAAACCUCACACCACCCACCAAAGUCUUCGUAUUUCUAUAUCAUGCCAGAGGAGAAAAUAAGGGUUGAUGGAGUAGUCAUUCCUAAAUCUAGAUUUCUAGGUAAUUCAUCUGCUGCUAUUAUGGAAGGUUGUGGAUACGUGACUCUUGGCAAAUGGGACAACGAGGUUUACGUAAUGAACCAACCAAAUGUUUAUGUUAGAGGUAUUUUAUUUGGAAAAAUGAGGACCGAGUUAGGCGACCACAUGUACGUCAAAUGCGAACGAAAUGGAUUGGAAGCUAAUAUUGAAUUUAAAACGAAAGGAUUUAUUUAUGGAACGUACGACUCAAUUGAAGGAAUUAUCAAGGAUUUGGAAACGCAGAAAGACUUAUUUCAGAUUUCGGGAAAAUGGAAUGAAGUGAUGUAUAUAAAGAACAUUAAAACAGGAAAGAAAGAAGUUUUAUAUGAUACAGGAGGCUCGAAGACAUUGAAGCCAAAAGUUAGACCGCUAAAAGAACAAUGGGAUUUUGAAUCACGUAAGCUCUGGAAACCUACAAUCACAGGUUUAGCUCAAAGAAAUCAUGAAAUUGCAACAGAGGAAAAACUGAAAGUUGAAAAUGAACAGAGAAUAAAAGCAAAAAAGCGAUUAGAGGAUGGUGUCGAAUUUCACCCUAAGUUUUUCCGAGAAGUAAAUGAAGGUGACAAGGGGGUUAAAAAUCUUGAGUACAUUAUUUAUAAGAAGUUCGAUUUAAAGGAGGAUCCUGAGAUUUUAAGGGAAAGAUUGUUUACGGUUGCUCCAAUUGUUCCAGGUCAGAAGUUUGAUGAAAAAUUCCAUUACCCGGCUUUCAAGAAACCAGAAAGUAAUUAA